GAAUCAAAAUUAUUUUCCCUCCGCCCCCAUUCUGAAAACCCUAACUAUAAAAUAAAAGUAUUAUCUUCCAGGUGGGGCGGUAGCAGGUUGAAGGUUCAAGCCAAGUCUCUCAAGCCCUAAUUUCAUUUGCGAAGUCCUGCCAUUUACUCUUCACCAUCAUGUCGAGAAGGAAGACUAGAGAGCCUAAGGAGGAAACUGUCACUCUUGGCCCUGCUGUUCGUGAAGGCGAGCAUGUCUUUGGUGUUGCUCACAUUUUUGCUUCGUUUAACGACACUUUCAUUCAUGUGACCGAUCUGUCUGGUCGGGAAACACUUGUUCGCAUCACUGGUGGUAUGAAGGUGAAAGCUGAUAGAGAUGAAUCGUCGCCUUAUGCUGCCAUGCUUGCUGCACAGGAUGUUUCUCAGAGAUGCAAGGAACUUGGCAUCACUGCUUUACAUAUAAAGCUUCGGGCUACUGGUGGAAAUAAAACCAAAACUCCUGGACCUGGUGCUCAAUCAGCUCUUAGGGCCCUUGCACGUUCGGGAAUGAGGAUUGGUCGUAUGGGUACAUAUUCUUACUUUCAGUAUUUACAAGAAUGGCUAGAUUUUCAAGGAUGUAACUCCGAUCCCUACCGACAGCACUCGAAGAAAGGGUGGCAGGAGAGGAAGAAGACUGUGAUUCAUAGCCAUCUUCAAAAUCGUCGUGUGCUUUUCACCACUCGACUGUUGAGUUCAAUAGUUUUAGGGAAGAUAGCAUAUUCUCAUCUGUUAAUUCUGACAGUCUGAUGUUUUGGUUUCUGGUAUUUAUCAAGAUUGUUUUCGUUUUGAUUUAAAUUAUUCAAGUCAAUAGAGCAUGAUACUUUUUUUUGGCUGCAUUUUACAAUUAAUUAAUGAUUAAUAUUGAUGUGUGGGACUCA